AUGUUCGAUUCUCGGUUCCGGAACCGAAAUGAGAAGAACUGCGGUUCCGAAGAAAUAGCUGCUGGCAACUACGACCAUCGUGAUAUACAACGUUUCAAUGAAAUCGAUGACUAUACAAAUAUGUUUAUUCAACAUGCACAGUUUUCAGAAAAAUUUAAUGAACAACGAGCACUUGAAGUCUUUAAUUUAGCAAUGAUAUGGAGAAAAAACAAUUCUGUUUACGAUAUUUCUCCCAAUAUUUUUCCAGAAAAUUAUUUUGAUCGUGGUGCUAUAUUUUUUAAACAUUUUGAUCUGAAUAACAAUCCAAUCUUAAAUUUUGUUGUCAAAACAUUUCACAAAGGUGAAGAAGAUAAUGAAAUGGUUAAACGUUUUAUAAUAUAUCAUUUGGAACGACAUAUUCGACGUAGUCCAGAACAAAAAAUUGUCUUCUUAUUUGAUAUGAGUGAAACAGGAUUAAAACAUCUGGAUUUUGAUAUUGUUCGAUUUAUUAUAGCUUGUGUACAAACGAAUUUUCCGAAUAUUUUAGCGUACAUGUUGAUUUAUCGUUUACCAUUUAUUUUGACUGCUGCAUGGAAGAUAAUAAAAGGAUGGUUAUCAGCGGAAGCUGAAUACUUUAUCAAAUUUGUUGAUCAGAAAACAAUUGGUCAAUACAUAAGUCCAGAUCAAUUAUUUACGCAUAUGGGCGGAUCUGAUGAUUCAAAAUAUACACACGUACCUGAUCCAUUACAUGACAGUGUUGACGAUAUGAACUCAAUUUCAAAGAAAAAAGUCACAUUUGCUGAUACAAAUACAUCGGAAAUUUUAUCAUCACCAACAGUAAAUUCAAGUAUUGAUUCAAAUAGUAGUAAUCGAUCUCCUCAGGUGGCUAGUUCAAAUGUCACCACACUUUCAUCGCCAAAUGUAUCCGGAAGUCCAGAACAGUUAACAACAAUAGGCAACGAAUCAACAUCACUUACACGAAAGUCAAUUCUUCAAAGACCAAAUGGUUUACUAUUGACAACUAAUGGACAUGCAGAUAAUGAUGAAAAAGUUUAUAAAGGAUUAAUUAUUGUACCGUCAGAUGAAAUUAUAUUUGAAACAACUUCUAUUAAUAAUUCAUUUCAACAAGAUGCCAUACAAACUUUAACAUUAAAAAAUAGUGGAAAUAAAAUAAUUACAUAUAAAAUCAAAACGACAUCACCCGAAAAAUUUCGAGUGAAACCUGGAUGUUCACUUCUUCUACCGGGACUAUCAGCAUCAAUUACCGUUUAUCUUCUAAAAGCUUAUUGUAAUUCAUCGAGUAAUAUUCAAAAAGAAAAAUUUUUAAUUAUUUGGACUGUGAUUGAUAAUGAAAUAAAGCAAACACAACUAGCUGAUUUUUGGAAAAAUGUAUCACCUUCACUACUACAUGAACAUAGACUCAAAUGUUCCAUGAUGUCAGCACAUGCCUCAAUGAAACAAUCUGUUUCUCAGUUAGAUAUUUUAACAUCAACAAAUCAAUCACAAGAGAAUAGUGAUAUGCAAAGAACGUUAAACGAUGCACUUACUGUUCAAAAAACUUUAUUAAUUCAAACAUCAAAAGACUUAAAACAAAUACGUGGUCUACUGAUUGUGAUAUUUGUUUUACUUUUAUUUCUCUUAGUCUGGGAUGUAUAUAAAUCUACGUUUGCGUCAUCAUCGUUCAUUACGCCCUCAGUGUCAACGUCGAUUAAUCGUAAUGAAUUAUGA